UGCUCAUUGAGUGAGGCUGAGCGUUGAUGCAACCCCUUUCGCAGGUAUGGAACGGUUUCUCUGAUCGUCGUGGACUGCAGAUCCAUGCACCACAUCCGAGCGCUUCUGUCGUGCCAACCUGGAGGCCGCCCUGGAAUGUUGGAAGUCAGACGGCGGCGGCUGGCUUUCACAAGGCCUAUAGCUGUCCUCAUUGUGGUAACGUCUACGCAGACGAUUCCCUGUUUUGCCGCAAAUGUGGAAAACCACGUGCUCAGGUUCCAAACGAGGUGCCCCCGGUGCCCUCGGUGCCAAUGCAGGUCUCCAAAUCCACGGGACGUUUGGGCGUGAGCCAAACCGUGCAGGGCCAGAUUGGGCCACAGGAGCACGUGACGCAAAUGACGAGCAACGUGAGCAACGUCUCUCGUCAGUACUCUGCUCCUCAGGAGGCCUACGCCAUGCGGCCUGCUGCAAUGCCCCAGGUCCGAGAAGUGGUGGAAGUGACCCAACUGGCCACAGCUGCAGCGCUCGAGGACUCCAUAAAGCAAUGCCAAGUGGUGAUCCGUGAGAAGCCAGAAGUUCGGGAGCGGGAAAAGGUGGUUGAGGUUCCCACGAUCUCCUUGUCCGAGAACAUGGUGGAAGUUCCCGUGUCGCUGGUGCACGAGAAGGUCGUUGAGGUGCCUCAAGUCCAAGUUGUGGAGAUCAUGAAACAACUGCCCAAGGUAGAGUACCAGGAGAGAGUAGUGCAGG